GCCGGCCCGCCCUCUCGCCGCGUCGCCGGUGCUGGAGCAGGCAGCGUCUCCUCGCUUCUCCUCUCCCGGCCAAGGCCCGGGGGACAGAGCGAGAAGCUGGGGCCAUGUUCCGACGCAAGUUGACAGCCCUCGACUACCACAACCCUGCCGGCUUCAACUGCAAAGAUGAAACAGAAUUUAGAAACUUUAUUGUUUGGCUUGAAGAUCAGAAAAUCAGACACUACAAAAUUGAAGAUAGAGGUAAUUUAAGAAACAUCCACAGCAGUGACUGGCCCAAGUUCUUUGAAAAGUAUCUCAGAGAUGUUAACUGUCCUUUCAAGAUUCAAGAUCGACAAGAAGCAAUUGACUGGCUUCUUGGGUUAGCUGUUAGACUUGAAUAUGGAGAUAAUGCUGAAAAAUACAAAGACUUGGUACCAGAUAAUACAAAAAAUGCUGACAGUGCAACUAAAAAUGCGGAGCCAUUGAUCAAUUUGGAUGUAAAUAAUCCUGAUUUUAAAGCUGGUGUAAUGGCUUUGGCUAACCUUCUUCAGAUUCAACGUCAUGAUGAUUAUCUGGUGAUGCUUAAGGCAAUUCGCAUUUUGGUUCAGGAGCGCCUGACGCAGGAUGCAGUUGCUAAAGCAAAUCAAACAAAAGAGGGCUUACCUGUUGCUUUAGACAAGCAUAUUCUUGGUUUUGACACAGGAGAUGCAGUUCUUAAUGAAGCUGCCCAAAUUCUGCGAUUGCUGCAUAUAGAAGAGCUCAGAGAGCUACAGACAAAAAUUAAUGAAGCCAUAGUCGCUGUUCAGGCAAUUAUUGCUGAUCCAAAGACAGACCACAGACUGGGAAAAGUUGGAAGAUGAACAUUUUAGGAUUUCAGCUCCUCACCUGCUUAGUGCUGUUGGGAACCAGGUAGACUUCAGGCAUGUGUUUCGAAAUUAAAUGUCACAUUUUCAAGGGAGGAAUCUCAGAAAAUUGACUGUUGUAGAGAUUUACCAUCACUGCUUUUUUCUUUAAUAAAGUUCGGGAAUGUGGAUUUUUUUUUUGAA